AUGGAAGCUACAGAGCAAAUCGUCAUCCCACAAAUGUCCCCUGCCAAACAGGAUCGCAUCCUCAUCUGGCGCAAUGAAGUCGCCACCGCCUCCCUCGACGACGGCACCUCCUCCACCGCCAACGACAACGCCUCCUCCCGACACGUCGGCUCCUCCUCGGCCACGUCCACCACAACUGCCUCCUCAUCCUCGUCUUCCCGCCCUGCCCUCAUCCUCGCCCGCGGCCGCCAGGCGCUUGCCAAGGUUGCCCGCCGGCUGUCUCGCCGGUCCUGGCGCAGUGGCAAGCAAGCUGGCGAGGACGACGAUGGGCCGACCAGGACGGCCAUGUACGCCAGGCUCUCUCCUGAUUACAGGCCAGACGCCGACGAGGAGGUCGACGGCGACAUCCCGCCGUUGAGGCGCCCGGAGUAG